AUGUUCCCUUGUCGCAAGCUCUUGUGCUGUUCUCGUUGCUCUCCUGGUAACCGACUCGGCUUGGACAAGACUAUUCGCUGCUUUAACCCUUUACCUGACCUCCCGUUGCUGAACAUGGCCCGUGACCUGAGUAUUCUUUGCCUACCGUCUAGUACUGUCUGCUCCAUUGUUAUUGACCCGGUAGUCUGACUACACUACACGUGUUCCCAUCUAGCUCCCACCAGCUGUACGCCAUUGGCGGCAGUCAUUACCGCAGCUGGGGUUACUCGGGGGCCACGACCUGGUCUCAGGCUGCGUCAAGUCCAUCCCCACCAUCAGGGGCUCUGGUGAAGGGUAGCAUGGGGCUUAGACUCUGGUCUGUGGGUAGUGGCUGUCAUUAGUCGCUGCGUGACCCUACCAUAG